CCGCUGACUGCUUUCUCUCCUUCAACCUCAGCAGCGUCCCUGGCAUUCUCGCUCCAAUUCGCCUCGGCAUCCCCGUCUACGGCUAUCUGCGUCACUGAGACCGGGAUAUUGACUUCUGUGGUCCUGCCCAAACUUGAACGUCGUGCUACUGGGUCCUGUGCUUGCAUCUACUCUAUUUCCUGGUCUUCGCUCUAGCCAUGGCAUCGUUCGAGGAUUACGAUGAGUUCGGAAACUACAUUGGUGUGGGUCUCGACUCCGAUGACGAAGAUGAGGAACCUGGGAUGGCAUUAAUGGAGGUUGAUGAACCUGUGCACAAUGCGGUCGUCCUGCAUGAGGAUAAGCAAUAUUACCCUACAGCAGGGGAAGUGUACGGCCAAGACGUAGAAACAAUCGUACAGGAGGAAGAUGCGCAACCACUGACGGAGCCUAUCAUCGCUCCAGUCAAAGUGCGGAGGUGGACGUGGAGGAGAAGGGCAUGCCCGAGACUCGUUUCGACAAGGGGUGGGUUCUUGCUCAACAUGACUGCAUUCCCUGAGUUCGUCCGCAAUGUUGCAGUUGUCGGUCAUCUGCACCACGGCAAGACCGCCCUGAUGGAUAUGCUCGUAUUUGAGACGCACAAGAUGGUCUGGGACUCCGACCACCAGACACGCUAUACGGAUACGCACGUUCUUUCUCGAGAGCGCGGCAUUUCCAUCAACUUCGGGAAGUCCCACCUCGUUCACCUCAUCGACACGCCGGGGCACGUGAACUUUGUCGACGAGGUGGCUUCUGCAGUGCGUCUUGUGGAUGGUGUCGUCUUGGUCGUGGACGUCGUGGAGGGCGUUAUGGUCAAUACCGAGCAUAUUAUUCGCCAUUGCCUGCAGGAGGGCGUCAAAAUGACCUUGGUAGUCAACAAAAUCGACAGGCUAAUCCUCGAGCUGCGCAUCAAACCUGCAGAUGCGUACUACAAGAUCAAGCACACUAUUGAGGAGGUCAACACGGUCAUCAGCGGUAUCAACCCAGAUCCUGCGCUGCGUAUGAGCCCAGAGAAUGGCAAUGUCGCCUUCGCAAGCACCGACAUGCACUGGUGCUUCACUCUCCGGUCCUUCGCCCAGAUGUAUGCCGACACCUACGGCCCGCUGGACGUGUCCUCCUUCGCCGACCGCCUCUGGGGAAACAUCUACUUCAACACCGAGACGCGCAAGUUUUCGCGCAAGCCCGCGGACCCCGAGGCGAACCGCACCUUCGUGCACUUCAUUCUCGAGCCGCUCUACAAGCUCUACACGCAGGUGCUCAGCGAGGAGACAGACAGCCUGAAGGAGACGCUGGGGGCACUGCGCAUCCAGCUCGCGCCGGUGAUGUACAAGAUGGACGUGAGGCCGCUGUUGAAGGCGGUUUUGGACCAGUUCUUCGGGCCGUCGUUGGGCUUGAUCGACAUGAUUGUGGAGCAUAUACCGAGUCCUGUCGAGGCUACUGCCGCCAAGGUGGAGAGCACCUACACUGGCCCCAUGUCAGACGAGAUCGUGGCCCGAAUGAAGGCUUGCGAUCCCGAAGCGCCUGUCAUGGUCCAAAUUGCCAAGCUCUACCACACCACCGACGCUCAGUCUUUCCGCGCAUUCGGUCGUGUCAUCAGUGGUACAGUCCGCAAGGGUAUGGAUAUUAAGGUGCUUGGCGAGGGCUACUCGCCAGAAGACGAGGAAGACAUGGUCAAGGCCGUCAUCGAGGACAUCUGGAUAAGCGAAGCACGGUUAUCCGCAGAUACUUCGUUCCUGCAGAAGAAGUCCCCGCUGGAACUUGUCCUACUCGGCGGUGUAGACGCGUCCAUCACCAAGACCGGGACCCUCGCCUCCGUCGACAUCGAGGAAGACCUGUACAUCUUCCGGCCGAUCAAGCAUAUGACGCAGUCCCCAAUCGCGCCCUCGGAGCUGCCUAAGAUGUUGUCGGGCCUGCGGAGCAUCAACAAGUCAUAUCCGCUCGUGUCGACAAAGGUCGAGGAAAGCGGUGAGCAUGUGGUGAUCGGCACGGGCGAGCUCUACCUGGACUGCGUGAUGCACGAUUUGCGGAGGUUGUUCUCGGAGAUCGAGAUUAAGGUGUCGGACCCCGUCACGAAGUUCUGCGAGACGGUGCUCGAGACGAGUGCGCUGAAGUGUUAUGCGGACACGCCGAACAAGAAGAACCGUAUCACGAUGAUCGCGGAGCCACUCGAGCGGGGCAUCGCUGAGGACGUCGAGACAGGGCGCGUCAACAUGCGCAUGACGGCGAAGGAGCGUGGCAAGUUCUUCGAGGACAAGUACCAGUGGGACCUGCUUGCGUCUCGGUCAAUAUGGGCAUUCGGCCCCGAUGACAGCGGGCCGAACAUCCUGUUGGAUGACACGCUGCCGUCGCAGGUGGACAAGAAACUGCUCGGGACGGUGAAGGACCACAUCAAACAGGGUUUCCAGUGGGGUGCCGAGAGGGCCCGCUUUGCGAUGAACGUGACGAUGAGGAACGUUAAGUUCCGGAUACUGGACGCGAGUCUCGCGCAGGAGCCAAUAUUCAGGGGCGGAGGACAGAUCGUCCCGACAGCACGCCGAGUGUGCUACUCCUCGUUCUUGAUGGCAACGCCACGUCUCAUGGAGCCUGUGUAUUUCGUCGAGGUGCAGGCACCCGCAGACUGCAUUUCCGCCGUAUAUACAGUACUUGCACGGAGACGAGGGCACGUCACGCAAGAUACCCCGAAGGCCGGCUCGCCAUUGUAUACCGUCAAAGCCCUCAUCCCGGUCAUUGACGCGAAUGGCUUCGAGACAGACCUGCGGACAGCGACACAAGGCCAGGCAUUCUGUCUACAAGUGUUCGACCAUUGGUCGAUCGUUCCUGGUGACCCGACCGACACGAGCAUCAAGUUGCGGCCAUUGGAACCCGCAUCGGGGCAAGCACUGGCGAGGGACCUGGUGCUCAAGACGCGGCGGCGAAAAGGUCUCGGCGACCAGAUUGCUGUCUCAAAAUAUCUCGACGAUGAAUUCAUUCUUGCGUUGUCGGCGUCGGGCCAUGCGGACCUGCUGAGUUAGUUGUGUGAUGUUGUGCAUGUACUACUGUAGAAUGCUAUGCUACUGUGCUCUGACGGAUGCCGGCGGG